UCUCUCUCUCUCAUCACUCCCUUGCUUUUCACUCAGUCAUUUGACUUAUCUCUCUCUUCUCUGUCUGUGUGACUAGGGUUUCUCUCUCCUUCGAAAACCCAGCCAGUCCACUAUUCGAGCCAAGGUUUUACACAAUCCAACGACGGCGUUGCAGCUCGAUUCCCUCUCUGUUUCACCUCAAAAAAGUGUAUUGAAUCCUCGUCAACUUUCGCAAAUUCAAUUCAAUUUUUGACAUUUAAUCUUGAUUUGGUGAACGAGAGCGAUGUGCUGAGCGAUGGCGCUUAAGGCUCCAGCUCCGGAAGCUGCCGAGAUUGCAAUUGCAUCCAUUGGGCGUGGAUACGAUAUAUCCACUGAUUUACGGCUCAAGUACUGUAAAGGGGAGUCUCACACUGCUCGAUUGAUUGAAAUCGAUGACGAUGGAGGCCGCGAGAUUGUUCUUCCCGGUGGGAUUACCAUCCCAAAUGUUCCCAAAUCGAUUAAAUGCGAUAAAGGAGAGCGCACACGAUUCAGGUCCGACGUUCUCUCUUUCCAACAGAUGUCAGAGCAGUUCAAUCAGGAAAUAUCGUUGACUGGAAAAAUACCCUCAGGUCUCUUCAAUUCUAUGUUUGAUUUCUCAGGUAGUUGGCAGAAAGAUGCAGCCAACACUAAGACCCUUGCUUUUGAUGGGGUGUUCAUCACUCUCUAUACUGUUGCACUGGAAAAAUCUCAGAUGGUACUGUGCGAGAAUGUUAUUAAAGCAGUCCCAUCAUCGUGGGAACCUGCUGCAUUAGCAAGGUUUAUAGAGAGAUUUGGAACACAUAUUGUUGUUGGUGUGAAGAUGGGAGGGAAAGAUGUUAUAUAUAUGAAACAACAGCAUUCUUCAACUCUUCAACCGGCUGAUAUACAGAAAAAACUAAAGGAUAUGGCAGAUAAAAGGUUUUUAGAUGCCAAUGGUCAGUAUGGUAUGCCUUCGGAACAAGGUUACAAGAAUGGCAAGUUUGAAAUCAGGGAGCAGCGGUUAAGGUUUGCAGAUACUAGUCCAUCAAGUUCCUAUUCACAGAAGGAAGACAUUUUAAGCAUUUGCAAGAGGAGAGGUGGAAGUGAGAUGAGAAAUAUAUCCCAUAAUGAAUGGUUACAAACUGUUCAGUUGGAGCCUGAUGUGAUCACAAUGUCAUUUAUACCAAUUACUUCUCUGUUGAAUGGAGUCCCUGGGAGUGGAUUCUUGAGCCAUGCCAUAAACCUUUAUUUACGAUAUAAACCACCACUUGAAGAACUCCAUCAGUUUUUGGAGUUUCAGCUGCCAAGGCAAUGGGCACCGGUUUUUAGUGACCUGCCCCUUGGUCCACAGCGGAAGCAACAAAGCAAUGUAUCUCUACAGUUUAGCUUAAUGGGGCCCAAACUAUACGUCAACACUAGUCUGGUUGAUGUGGGAAAGAGGCCAGUGACUGGUCUGCGACUGUAUUUAGAAGGCAAAAGAAGCAACCGUUUGGCCAUUCACUUACAGCACCUCACCUCUCUUCCAAAUAUCUUCCAACUCGAAGAUGAUCCAAAUGGAAACUUUCGUCGUGAUUCCUAUGAUCGUAAAUACUAUGAGAAAGUCCAGUGGAAGAACUUCUCCCAUGUCUGCACUGCCCCUGUGGAGUCUGAUGAGGAUCUUUCAAUAGUAACUGGAGCCCAGUUACAGGUUGAGAAUUAUGGAAUAAAGAAUAUCCUCUUCUUGAGACUCCGCUUCUCUACUGUUUCCGGUGCGAGAAAUGUAAAGCAUCCUGAGUGGGAUGGAUCACCAGGCUUGGCACAUAAGUCCGGACUCAUAUCAACACUAAUCAGCCAUCAUUUUACAACAGCUCAGAAACCACCUCCACGGCCUGCAGAUGUGAACAUAAACUCCGCCGUUUACCCUGGAGGUCCUCCGGUACCCAUCCAAGCCCCGAAGCUUCGGAAAUUCGUUGACACAACAGAGAUGGUAAGAGGGCCACAGGAGACUCCGGGUUAUUGGGUUGUCUCUGGGGCAAGGCUAGUGGUUGAGAAGGGCAGGAUAUCCCUCCGUGUGAAAUACUCUUUGUUGACUGUAAUAUUACCUGACGAAGAAGAGUUGGAGGGACAGUAGCGGAUUCCGCGUGUUGUCGAAGAAAAUGGGAAAAAAGAUGAAAUGGUACAGAUGUUUGGUACUGGGAGGAAGAACGGGGGGGUAUUCGAUACUGUGAGAGUUGCCGAGGCUGUUGUAGUAGUGUUGUAUAUUUCAUUUCUCACCUCCGAUGUCAUUUGUUUUUGCAAUGUAGAAUUUUCUGACCUUCACAAGUUCACAACAGGGCAGGGUUCUACCUUUUGCAAAUUAUAUGGUGUAAAUUUUUGGAAGGGGUAUGUAUCAAGAGCUGAGCAUCGGCUUUCACUAGCGACUAGGCGUCGCGAAAGGCACCGUGGCAUGAUGUCCAGAUUUGGAUGAAUUUACCGGAAGAGGAGGUGGUGAUUUGGCGUGACCGCCGCGGUGGCCCCAUGUCCAGAUUUGGAUGAAUUUACCGGAACAGAAAAAAGUGGCAGUCUCGUCUGUCUUCCUUAUGAACAUAUAGGGAAGGGAGUGAAAUUCCAUUUUUGCAUGGCCUUCCUUAAUAUAAUUUGAUUUUACUAA